CCCGCUUUUGUGGCGUCAUUGUGUUGUUGUUGCGGAGGUUUGUAGAUCGUUUGCAAAAUGCCACGGAUAUACGUUGGAAGGCUUAGCUAUCAUGUGCGGGAGAAAGAUAUCCAGAGGUUCUUCGGGAGUUAUGGCAAACUGCUAGAAGUGGAUCUGAAGAACGGGUAUGGGUUUGUGGAGUUUGAGGAUUCACGCGAUGCUGAUGAUGCUGUAUACGAGUUGAAUGGGAAAGACUUGUGUGGAGAGCGUGUUAUUGUUGAGCACGCUCGGGGACCUCGGCGUGAUCGUGAUGGGUACAGCUAUGGAAGCCGCAGCGUUAAAGGUGGCUACAGAAGCCAGAGGUCCGGUAGAGAUAAAUAUGGACCACCUGUACGCACCGAAUACAGGCUAAUUGUGGAGAACCUCUCCAGUCACUGCAGUUGGCAGGACCUUAAGGACUUCAUGAGGCAGGCAGGUGAAGUUACCUAUGCAGAUGCACACAAAGAACAUAACAAUCAAGGCGUGAUAGAGUUCAGGUCUUACUCUGACAUGAAAAGGGCUAUGGAUAAGCUUGAUGGUACAGAUAUUAAUGGAAGAAAGAUAAGGCUGGUGGAAAGCAAAAACCGCCACCGGAGGUCCUACUCUGGCAGCAGAUCCAGAUCCCGAUCCCGUAGCAGGAGGAGGUCACACAGUAGGAGCAGACGAAGUAGCCACAGCAGAUCUAGGAGCCGCUCUCGCUCUCCUGCCAAGAAGGGGCGUUCCCGUUCACCUGCAAAACAGAGCCGGUCUCAUUCUCCAGCAAAGAGCCAUUCCAGGUCUAAAUCAAGAUCACAAUCAAAAAGCAAGCCUAAGUCUGAGCAUGGAUCAAGAUCUCGUAGCCAUUCUAAGGAAAAACAAGGACGUUCACGUAGCCGGUCCAAGACCAAGCGGGAAAGAUCCCGCAGUAGGUCUAAGGUAAAAAGAGGGAGUUCCCGCAGCUUGUCUAAAGGAAAGAGAGAGCGUUCCCGCAGCUUGUCUAAAGGAAAGAGAGAGCGUUCCCGCAGCUUGUCUAAAGGAAAGAGAGAGCGUUCCCGCAGCCUGUCUAAAGGAAAGAGAGAGCGUUCCCGCAGCCUGUCUAAAGGAAAGAAAGAGCGUUCCCGCAGCCGGUCUAAAGGAAAGAGAGAGCGUUCCCGCAGCCGAUCCAAAGGAAAGAGAGAGCGUUCCCGCAGCCGAUCCAAAGUAAAGAGAGAGCGUUCCCGCAGUAUAUCAAAAGGAAAGAGAGAGAGGUCACGCAGCAGAUCAAAAGGAAAGAGAGAGAGGUCACGCAGCAGAUCAAAAGGAAAGAGAGAGAGGUCACGCAGCAGAUCAAAAGGGAAGAGGGAACGGUCACGCAGUGGGUCUGAGGAUAACAAAGAAAGAUCCCGCAGUCGAUCCAAAAGCAAAAGAAAUCGCAGUCUUUCUAAAUCUCCAUCCCCAAAUGAAAAUGGUAAAGAAAGCAGCUCUAAGAGAUCAGAUUCUAAAUCACCUGCUGCUUCUGAAAGUAAGGAACCAUCUAUGUCACCAACCCCACGGGCUUCCUCAGCAGCUAGUUCUCGGUCUCGAUCUAGCUCUCGGGAGUAGGAUCUUAAUAUGGCUGUCCAUCCACUGCCCUAAGUUAGGACUGAUAAAAAUUUGUGUGGUUUCCUUGCCAUAAGAUUUGUAAAUUGACCCUUUAAAGAUGGAUUCCCUUAAAGUA